AUGUGCACUCUUGACAUCACGAAAGCAGAAGCGGGAGUCCUCAGCCAUGAAGGUCUCAGCGAUGAAAGCAACAGGGGAUAUGCUAGUCAAUUUAUUGUACCUUCUCUUUUAGAGAGCAGUUCGAACUUUCGAGAACUCUGUGACCUACGACAAAGAGCAAGUAAUACUCAACCAAAGGAUGGCAGAACCCUGAAGGCGACAUUUUUCUACAAGUUGAUGAUGAAAAUAGCAGAAGAGCUUCAUCGGUCUACUACUGCCCUGACAAUCCAACAAGCUUGCCCUGGCCCUAUCAAUAUCCUUGACAUUUGCAUGGCACCUGGGGGCUUUCUCAAAACUACCUUGAACACAAACCCGGGAUCGCACGCCCUUACUUUCAGCUUGCCCAUUUCAUGUGGAGGCCAGAGAAUCCGCCUGCCUAAAAACCCGAGUUUUGAACAAAGGUUUCUAGAUACCACUCUGCUCGCUAUAGAUAUAGAUAUGGACAUGGAACAGAUCCCCCAAGGUCACCCUGAUGCCGAGAAUUUCUUGCCGCGGCAAUUCAAGUCAAAUCAACUAUUUGAAUUAGCCAUCUGUGACGGCCAGCUUGAAGCGUGGGAUACUGUGAUACUCGUCUAUGCGUUUAGUGAAAUCUCCUCAGUGCAACUUUUUAAACCAAAGUCGCGUCAUGCCAAGCGAUCUUCCUUCUAUAUGGUUGCGACCGGCAUCCAGAGUCAGUCCAAUAAGGCCCUUCGGGCAGUUAAUAGGUGGAAAAGAAUUUGGCGUGUGGCUACUUUUGGCUCCGAUGAUGAGUAUCGGAAGGAACUCCGGAAGGAAGAUCUUCAAGUGGAGACGGUUAUUGAGCAUUUUUGCCAAGAACUU